AUUAAGGUAGUUUCCUUGACCGAGCUUAUGGCUGGUGUGAGAACAGAACCCAAGACAACACAACUAUUUCAGAUCACGUGCUGGCCAAAUGGACACAAAGUCCCUACUUCCACUAACGCUUUGGUCGAACUCAUGAAUAUGGUUGAAAGAUGGCGUCAAAGAAGCGCUUAUGGACCUGUCGUUGUAGUUUCGGCAAACGGUCGUAACCGAAGCGGUGUGUACUGUGCUGCUAACGUUGCGAUAGAGCAGGUGGUUCAACAUGGAGAAAUGGACGUUUUUCAGGCUGUAAAGACUGUUCGCAGACAUCGGCCUCAACUGGUAGAAAAUAUGACAGAAUACAAGUACUGCUACGACUUAGUUUGGCACUAUGUUUUGCAUUAUCUGCACAACGAAUGAGGUGAUCUAAGUAUGUGGAUCUAAUUCAAGAGUUCCAGUUGUUACCCAGACUAGCCGUUUUCUCUGGUAGCGUUGUCACUUGUUUUUGGUCUACGAGCCGACAAAAGAAAUGAGAAGAAAAUACAUUGGAUCUAAAAUCAACGAGGAAAAUAACUCGUUAACAGAAAUUGUGAAGAUAUUCAAUAACCAGAUCCAUGCGAAGGCUUUUGUAGGCGUGUGAAGAGCAUU